ACACACGGGGGGAAAAAACGAACAAAUGCAAGAACAAAUGUCAGCUUAGAACUGCGUAGUUAAACUGAUCCCACUGGAAAUAGAUUGCGCUGCAAACUAAUAGCUGUAAGUCCCCCCUGCCAAGGCCAGAGGUCGCUGUUUGUCUGAAUAGUUCCUGGAGAGGUCAUUGGGAGAGUUUUUGCUCCGUCUGUUGGUCAGUGCGUCCCCGUUUCCGCUGGAAACUGCGUUGAUUCUGAUUAUGAUGAAUUUCAGCACAAACACUCAUCGUGGCAUUCCCACUCACAAGGAAAACAUUCCACCUUCAACCAAAGCAGAUGCGUGUCAGCACCGGGCCAAACAGCGCACGGUGCUCGGGGUCUUGUCAGAAAAUGAGCAGCGUGGACGAUCCCUAAGCCAGGGAAGCCAGUUUUCCAAACACAGCUCUGUUUCAGACAGCUCGCAGCUCAACGGCCCCGGCUGGCCGUCCAGUUCCAGCUAUGAAGUGUACGUCGAGGAGGCUUGUGAAGUGGUCCUCGGCGCUUCGGGUCAGGAAGUCGUUUCUGAUAGCUGUGAUGACCUCGAGGCUGAUGCCAAUCCCCUGCAGAAUGAACACAUGAGGCUCCUGAUGGAGUUCAGUUUGAGCUCAUGCCAGGAUAUGUCUGUGCAGUCUGAACCAGACGAACCCCUGAUUUCUAGGGAGACCUUCUGUUUUGAUUAUGCAGCAGAUAUUUACCGGAACUUAAGGGAGAGCGAAAAGAGGUUCAGGGCAAAGCCAGGCUACUUGGAGAGACAUCCGGAGAUCACCGAGGGUAUGAGGGUCAUUCUGGUGGACUGGCUGGUGGAGGUUGUCCAGGAAUACAAGCUCGGUUCUGAAACUCUGCACCUCGCCGUAAACUACCUGGACCGCUUUCUGUCCUGCUCGGCCUUUAUCAAGAGAAACAAGCUGCAGCUGGUGGGGACAGCCGUAUUGCUGGUUGCCGCGAAAUACGAGGAGAUCUUUCCUCCUGAGCUGAACGAGUUUGUGUACAUCACAGACUGCACCUACAAUAGGAAACAACUGCUCCGGAUGGAGAGCAUUUUGCUAAAGGCGCUGGACUUCAAGAUGGCGGCGCCCACCACCCAUCAGUUCCUUCGCCUAUUCAUGUCCAUCCACUCUGUCUGCUCAACCACAGAGAACCUUGCUUUGUACAUAGCAGAGUUAAGUCUACUGGAAAUGGAUCCCUUCCAUCAAUACACCCCUUCCAUUCUGGCAGCUGGAGCCUAUUUCUUAGCUACCUACACUAUACACAAAUCCCACUGGCCUGAUUCUUUAGUUUCCUUUACUGGGUAUACCAUGGAGAAAAUCCUGCCCUGCCUGACUUAUCUCCACAAGCUGUACAUCCGUGCGGAGACUCAUCCACAACAAGCGGUCAGAGACAAGUACAAAACUUCAAAGUAUUAUUGUGUUUCAGGCAUCCCUCCGCCUACUGCUCUGCCUCCAUGACUCCACUGCUUCACCUUCCUGAUCCUCCCAGCAGAGCAUGGUUAUGGCACACUGAAAACAAGGCAAACACCGAGCACAUUCUGCAAUCAACGUCUUUGCCAGGCCCAUGUGGACUCUCAGUUAUCUUUCAUAUUUUUUCUUAAUCCAGUAUAGUUCUGUAUAUACAAUUAAAGGAGUGCACUUGUCUUCCUCUUGACUAGGGGUGUCUAAAGGUACAACACGUUGUAUUUUACUUUUAUUAGCCAUGUAUUUUGCUUUCAUUUUAAAAUCAUAGUAAGUAGGGUC